UACCUGCGGCCCCGAGCCCCCGGGGCGGGGCGGGGGCGGGGGAGCGGCGCUGCCCCCGGCAGGCGCGUCCCCCGGCAGCGGCGGCAGCGCCGGGGGCUGAGACGGCCGCGCUCCCCGGCGGCAUGUGGGGCGGCGGGAACGGCAGCGGGGGCGAGUCCUGGCCGUGGCCGCCCUGCGACGAGCGGCUGUGCCUGGCGCUGCCGGUGCGGGUGCUCGUCCCCGUCACGGCCGUCUGCCUGGGGCUCUUCGUGGUCGGCGUGGCGGGCAACGUCCUGACGGUGCUGGUCAUCCGCGGCUACCGCGACAUGAAGAACACCACCAACCUGUACCUGGGCAGCAUGGCCGUCUCUGACCUGCUCAUCCUCCUGGGGCUGCCCUUCGACCUCUACCGCCUCUGGCGCUCCCGGCCAUGGAUCUUCGGGCAGCUGCUGUGCCGCCUCUCCCACUACCUCAGCGAGGGCUGCACCUACUGCACCAUCCUGCACAUCACUGCCCUCACCGUGGAGCGCUACCUGGCCAUCUGCUUCCCCCUCAAGGCCAAGGUGAUGGUCACCAAGCGCCGGGUGAAGGCCAUCAUCGGCAUCCUCUGGGCCUUCGCGUUCCUCUCUGCCGGCCCCUUCUUCUUCCUGGUCGACGUGGAGCAGCCCGACAACCACACCGACUUCAGCCGCGAGUGCAAGCCCACCCCACAGGCUGUGGAGUCCGGCCUGCUGGCCACCAUGUUCUGGGUCACCACCUCCUACUUUGUCCUGCCUGUCAUCUGCCUCAAUGUCCUCUACGGCUUAAUCGGCCGGGAGCUGUGGCAGAGCAAUGCCCGCCUGCGGGGCCCCAACGCGGUUCUCCGGGAGAAGGAGCACCGCCAGACCGUCAAGAUCUUGGCUGUGGUGGUUCUGGCCUUUGUAAUUUGCUGGCUGCCUUUCCACAUCGGCAGGAUCAUUUUUAUAAACACCCAGGACACCGGGAUGAUGCUGUUCUCCCAGUACUUCAAUAUAUUCGCCCUGCAGCUUUUCUACCUGAGCGCAUCCAUCAAUCCCAUCCUCUACAACCUGAUUUCAAAGAAGUACAGGGCAGCAGCGUACAGGCUGCUGCUGCCGCACCGAGGGGCGGAAAGGGCUUUCACGGUCACGAAAGACGCCGGUGGCUGCACGGAGAGCAGCGCUAGCACUCGGCACGAAUACGCCACCAGCCUCUGAGACCGCAGCCCGCGCUUCUGCAGGCUUUCUCUGCAAUGGAGAGGAUCUUCCUUUUCACAGGAGAGUCACAAAAGGAUGGAUAUUUGUCAGGGCAUGUGGUAUUUCUAACCGUUUGUAUUCUGGAAUACUUAUAUUUUUGUUAACAGAACAAGCGGAGACCAUGAAGUGGUGGGAAUGAUGUGCAAUGCGUGAAAGAUAACUCAAUAGGAAAAGCUGGAGUAAAUUAGCAGUAAAACUGUGGUUUCAAUUUAUUACAUGUUGCUCAUGGCAUAUGUAUUCUGUGCAAACUAUAGCAUUUUCUAAAAAUCUUCACAUUGGGGACUGCAAAAGAGGAGGGAGUUUGAGGGAGCAGCUCUGCUUGGGUACAGAAACGGGUAAAACUCCCAGAAAGCCUUUGCCAUUUUAAAAUUAUUUUCUUAUAAAUGAGAUUUUACAAAACAAGAAGAUGGAUGCAAAAUUAAUCACCCACCAUCCUGAACAACCUUGGAAGAAGGAGGGAGGGGGUGCAUGUGUUUUUAGUACCUGGUGGUGUAAUCACAAAGGAAAGUUUCCCAGGCCGUUUCGCUGACUCUUCCUUUGGGAAAGCCUCUCCUCUGCACAGAAGCCUUAAGCCCUUUUGGUCUGACCUAUGUGAUCAAAGGUCUCUUAUACACUAGCAACCAACCCCCUAUAUCUGUAAGAGUUUAGAUAUUCCUGAUCACUUCCUCAUGAUAGACCCAUAGUGUUUGGUUAAUGUUAGUGGUAUGUCUCCACUGUGUCAUAUUAUAUACUCCACAUGCAAAUAAUAUGCUGAGUUAACUCAUCUUCCCACAAACGAGACCCAUCACUGAAUGUGCCAGGCUACACAAAGGCCUUACUGCUACAUAAUACUGCACUGUGUCCUAAGCCAACUCACUGAUUUUGCUCCGCAAAGGCUUUAAAAGACACAACUUAGGAAGAAGAGCUUGUUGUGAGGAAGAGCUGGGAGGAGUCGCAGGACAGGACCAGAAAAAUCUGGGCCAGAAUCGAUGAAGUGGGACUCUACUUACAGGAGCAUCACUGGUGUUAUGGACAUGCUUCUCCUUGGUUGUCUGUUAGCCUUUGUUAAUUAAUGUGUCUGUGGAUCAAAAAAAUAACAGUGGUGUUUACUGCAACAGUGUUUGAUGCCAUGCGAAGGCAGAAAUAAAUGUCCAGCUCAGACAUCUUAAGAUCUUAAAACUCAAGCCUUCCCCGGGCUUUAAAAAAAUUACCAAUUCUCCAUUCAACAAUCCAUAGCUCUAAGUCACUGAAUUAAAAACAAACAAACAACAACAAAAACUAAAGUCCUUUAAAAAAAGCCCUAUCUCAUGGCACACACAUUAAGCUUUCUUCUCUUGGCUUCAUGCUGAGGGAGAGCAGUUGUUUGAAGGGCUUGGUUUGAGUUGCUUUUGCUGGGUGGGGAGGGAUGUGUCAUUAAGAUGUUAUAUUAUAAUAAAAGAACAGCUGGUA